CUUAACCCUAUGUGGUACUUUAACAUAUAUCUCUGCCAAACGCUGCGAAAACCCUAGCCAACUGCACUGUCCAACGUCGAAGUAAUAUAAUUAGGGCUUCUUUACUCGGAAAUUGUCAAUUCUUCCGAAAAUGGAUACUCAGGCCCCUCAGAUCAGCAAAAAGCGAAAGUUUGUAGCCGAUGGAGUAUUCUUCGCAGAGCUGAACGAAGUGUUGACACGUGAGCUGGCUGAAGAUGGAUACUCUGGAGUGGAGAUCAGAGUAACUCCGGUGAGGACUGAGAUCAUCAUCAGAGCCACUCGGACGCAGAAUGUUCUUGGUGAGAAAGGUCGGAGAAUCAGGGAAUUAACAUCAGUUGUUCAGAAGCGUUUCAAGUUCAAAGAGAACACUGUGGAGCUGUAUGCUGAGAAGGUUAACAACAGGGGACUCUGUGCUAUUGCUCAGGCCGAAUCUCUUCGCUACAAGCUCCUCGGUGGUCUUGCUGUUAGGAGGGCCUGCUAUGGUGUUCUGAGAUUUAUUAUGGAGAGUGGAGCCAAGGGAUGUGAGGUAAUAGUGAGUGGAAAACUGAGGGCACAACGUGCUAAAUCCAUGAAGUUCAAAGAUGGCUACAUGAUUUCUUCGGGUCAGCCUGUCAAUGAGUACAUUGACUCGGCUGUAAGGCAUGUUCUCUUGAGACAGGGAGUACUUGGCAUCAAGGUCAAGAUCAUGCUUGAUUGGGAUCCCAAAGGAAAGCAAGGUCCAACAACUCCUCUUCCAGAUCUUGUCACCAUCCACCCUCUCAAGGAGGAAGAAGAUUACAUCAGGACGUCCUCAGUGGUGGUGCCUGCAGAGGUUGCUGCAGUCCCUGUUAUGUAGAGAGCAAAACCAUAUUUCUCUCACAUGUUCGACAUGCCAAAAUACUAUGUUCUACUAAAACCCUUACUGUUGGUUUUUUUUGGUCUUCCUGGUGCUGUAGAAGCAGGUCUGGACGUUUUUCUUUUCCAGCACUGACAGUCUUUCAAAUCCAGAGAUAAAAAUUUUGUUAAAUUAAUAAUAGGUUAUUCUGUUGUUUA